GCUAAUGCGGCUCGUGAAGGAGAUAACAUGGCAACAGUGGUGCAGAUGCUGUGUCUCCUUCUGGUUGCUGCGUUGUGGGGGGGCACCAACCCCCUGCUGAAGAGAGCAACAGUGGGUAUAGAGCAUGUGAAGGAAGGGAGCAGGAUCUCUCAGUUCUUGGCUGAAGUCAAGUUCCUCUUUCUCAAUCUCAAGUAUCUUCUACCAUUUCUCCUGAACCAGAGCGGAUCUGUUGUGUUCUACAUCACACUGGCCACAGCAGAUCUGUCUCUGGCAGUGCCAACUGUGAACUCCCUCAGCUUCCUGUUCACCAUGCUCACUGGAAAACUGCUUGGAGAAGACUUUGGAGGGAAAAGAGCUGUGCUGGGGAUGGUGUUGACGAUGCUGGGGGUGACCCUGUGUGUGUUCAGUUCUGUCUCAGAGGCUGAUAAUGCAGAACUGAUCAAUACGACACACAGCAGAAACUCUGGGCACUAGACUGUCCUGCACUGACCCGGACACAGCUGUGGCAGUUAAGCAGAGCUGGGCGUUAAUGCGUGAAAAAUUUGUGGAUGAAUGCUACAUGACUUGUGUUGUGUUCAUCAGUGAGUCAGCAUGUUACUGCUUAACAUCACAUUAAUGGAAUCUGAUCUGAAUCAGGUUCACUGAGUGGAGUUCAACUAAGGAAAGUUUAAAGCUGUUUGAGUUGAACAGAGACUGUAAAAAAAGAUGGACGACGUGUCGCCGUUCCCAUUCAUUCAAUGAAAAUGAAGCCAAAAUCUUCCGCCAUGUUGGCAAUCCUGCCACCUGAUUCUGCGCAGUAGAGACCAGAGGAGGGAGAAAGCCAGUGGAUAGCAGCCUACUCAUUUACAUAAACCCACCCCUUCCGUUUAUUUACAGUAGGCUUAGAUUUCCAGAUUUCCACUAAGGCUGGGUGCAGCAACAUUAGCAUUAGCUGCUAGCUCCAGGCUGCUCCAAUUUAGCCAUGUAACCUCCCGCACUAAAAUGACAGGUGUUUCAGUUUCACUGUCCAACCCCUGUAUAUGCAUAUAUAAUACAUUGCAUACAUAAAUUGA